GAGCUCAGACAGUAUUCGUCAAGUGAAGCGGGCAGAAGUGUGUUUGUGAAUACAAGCAGGAAAUAAAUUUAAGCUAAAAGUCUACAAGUUUAUAUAUACAUACAUAAAUAUGAGGGAAAUUGUACACAUUCAAGCUGGUCAGUGCGGUAACCAAAUUGGAGCCAAGUUCUGGGAAAUUAUCUCCGAUGAGCAUGGCAUUGAUGCUACCGGCGCCUAUCAUGGCGACAGCGACCUACAAUUAGAGCGUAUCAAUGUCUACUACAACGAGGCGUCUGGUGGCAAAUAUGUGCCUCGUGCUGUCCUUGUCGAUUUGGAGCCUGGCACCAUGGACUCGGUUCGAUCGGGUCCCUUCGGUCAGAUCUUCAGGCCCGACAACUUUGUGUUCGGUCAAUCUGGCGCCGGUAACAACUGGGCUAAGGGUCACUACACAGAGGGCGCUGAGCUCGUUGAUUCAGUGCUUGAUGUUGUUCGUAAAGAGGCUGAAUCGUGCGAUUGCCUGCAAGGCUUCCAGCUUACACACUCACUUGGAGGCGGCACUGGUUCUGGCAUGGGUACCUUGCUAAUCUCCAAGAUCCGAGAGGAAUACCCCGAUAGAAUCAUGAACACAUACUCAGUUGUACCCUCGCCUAAGGUAUCAGACACCGUUGUUGAGCCCUAUAACGCUACCCUAUCGGUGCACCAGUUGGUCGAAAACACAGAUGAGACUUACUGCAUCGAUAACGAGGCUCUCUAUGACAUCUGCUUCCGUACCCUUAAGCUGACUACCCCAACAUAUGGUGACUUGAACCAUCUCGUCUCCCUGACAAUGUCUGGCGUCACAACUUGCCUUCGCUUCCCUGGCCAAUUGAAUGCUGAUCUCCGCAAACUGGCAGUUAAUAUGGUUCCAUUCCCACGUCUCCAUUUCUUCAUGCCCGGUUUUGCGCCCCUUACCUCCCGAGGCUCCCAGCAAUAUAGAGCGCUUACAGUGCCCGAGCUAACCCAACAGAUGUUCGAUGCCAAGAACAUGAUGGCUGCCUGCGAUCCUCGUCAUGGCCGCUAUCUGACCGUUGCUGCCAUCUUCCGUGGACGCAUGUCCAUGAAGGAGGUUGACGAACAGAUGCUAAAUAUCCAGAACAAGAACAGCUCAUACUUUGUUGAAUGGAUCCCCAAUAACGUGAAAACGGCAGUGUGCGACAUCCCGCCCAGAGGUCUGAAAAUGUCUGCUACUUUCAUUGGAAACUCGACUGCCAUUCAGGAACUGUUUAAGCGCAUCUCUGAACAAUUUACCGCUAUGUUCCGCCGCAAGGCUUUCUUGCAUUGGUACACUGGUGAGGGUAUGGAUGAGAUGGAGUUCACCGAAGCAGAAAGCAACAUGAACGACUUGGUCUCUGAAUACCAGCAGUACCAGGAGGCAACUGCCGACGAAGACGCCGAGUUCGAGGAGGAGCAAGAGGCUGAAGUGGAUGAGAACUAAAUUCUCUAAAGUUGCGUCAAAUAAAAUGAGAACAAAAAUUAAGUUUUCAACGAUUGUUCUUUUAACGUAACCAAUAAAGUCGAAACGAUUUCUUAUAAAAAAAAAUAA